AUGGUCAAAUUCAUUGCUAUUCUGGCACUCCUGGCAAGUGUCGCAAUCGCCGCGCCUACUACUAAACUCGCUAGAAUGCAACUGAAGCGAGUCUCUCACGAGGACAGGUCCAAAUACAUGACUGAAGCCUUGUUUGCUGCCUCGUCCGCUGCUUUGAAGCAAAAAUACAUGGGUGCACCCCAAGACAUCACAUCUGAACACGGUCUUCCACUAACCAACUUUAUGAAUGCUCAAGCAAGUUUCUCCUCAUUCACACAUCAUUCGGAGGAAUUCAUUACUCAUUCCAAUGCUUUGUCUUUGAUACUGGUUCCUCGAAUCUUUGGGUCCCUUCCACCCAUUGUAGCAGCAUUGCUUGUUGGUUGCACCGCAGAUUCGAUUCCACCCAGUCUUCAACCUUCAAAGCAAACGUUUGCCAUUCAAUACGGAACAGGUAGCUUGGAAGGAAUCAUCUCAAAUGAUGUGUUGACUAUUGGCGACUUGGAAAUUGAAGAUCAAGACUUUGGUGAAUCCGUCAAAGAGCCUGGUAUUACCUUCGCUGUUGGGAGAUUUGAUGGAAUUCUCGGACUCGGCUUUGACAACAUUGCUGUCCAACGUGUUGUUCCUCCCUUCUACCAAAUGGUCAACCAAAAGUUGGUCGAUUCUCCACUCUUUUCUGUCUGGCUCAAUACUAACGGUGAUGACAAUGGUGGAGAGAUCGUGUUUGGUGGUAUGGACAAGGCCCACUACACGGGAGAAAUUACCUAUGCUCCAGUUACCCGAAAAGGCUAUUGGGAAGUCGAGAUCGAGGACGUUUUGAUGGGUGGCAAGAGUCUUGGAUUUACUACAAAGAAAGCAGCCAUAGAUACAGGCUCUUCUCUUUUCGCAUUACCAACAUCAGAAGCUGACGCCAUCAAUCAGCGAAUUGGUGGCAAGAAGAACCCUCAGGGCCAAUAUAUCGUCGACUGUGCUGCUAUCCCUAGUCUACCAUCAUUGGACAUUCAGUUCGGCGGGACCAAAUUUACUCUUUCUGGCAAGUCUCUAUUUUGA